AUGUUGAUUAGUUAUUUAUUAUUGCUAUUCUUUUACGCUAUCAUUGGCUCUUCUGCUCAGGAAAUAGUUUACACUACUCGUAUUCAUACAAUGUUUACAACUUAUUGUCCUACACCUACUCAGCAACAACACAGUUAUGAACCAGAUUCGGAAUCGGCUGCUUCUUCGAUUGAUAUUCAGGAUAGUGCUACCACAAUUGCUCUGUCUACUGGAUAUUGGCCCACAUACUCGUCUGUUCCAACUUAUAUACACGAUGAAGGUGACGUUCUUUACAAUGUUUCCUUUGAGAAUGCUGAUGACAAUUUUUAUGUUAACUAUUUUGUCAACUGCUCCAUGGAUAACGAAUACCCAUUUUAUGAUUUCACCAAACAGGUUUGUGGUAAUGGUUCUAUCAUAGGUUGGAACAACACAAGUUGGAACAACACGGUAAAGAGAGAAGGGGAACCUGAGCUAGCAGGAGAUGUGAAUUCAGAAAACUCAAAGUCUGAAGCCAAAAAAGUUCAGAAUGAAUUUAAAUCGACUUUAGGCGAUGAUAUCAAGAAGUUAUUAUCAGAUAAUAAAUUUGUUGGUGGAUUGUCAACUUACAUGAGCAUUUACCAUGCCGCUUUUGAUAGGGAUUCUGAACAUGUUCGGAUUGAGUUAAUUAGGUUCGAUAAUAUUUUUAGAGAUGCUUGGACCACUUUUUGGAAAGCAAAUAACCACAAAAAGUAUGACAAACACAGGAAAAGUCAUAAAAAUUGGGCAUGUGCUAGUCCUAGUGAUGGACAGGAUAUUCAGCCAAUCACUAGGGCAAUUGCAUACAUGUAUAUUGUUGCAAUGCCAAUUCCUCAUUAUGUGUUUAGUAAUGUUUACCUGGAUGCAUUGAACUAUCUUAAAGAAAACCAAGACUCGAUUUAUGAUUACACGUGUAUCAAAGACGAUGAAAGAGAAUGGAUGGACAAUCUAUUAGAAGAUACAACUGCGUUGGAAAAUCAUGUAUCAUAUUUUUUGAAUCUUUACAAAGCUUAUUCAGAUUUAUAUGGUGAACCACCAAAUAACGAUAAGCGGAUUGUAUGGGGAUGGGGUGGAGCCAGAACAGAUAUUAACAUUGACAAAAUUGACAAUGAUACUCAAGAUUUAUUGGAUUCCGGAAAGAUAUUGGGAAUCAGUGCAUUAGCAGGUGCUAGCAUUUGGAGUGUAUUUGGCUUGGUGUCAAAUAAUGCGGCUUCGUUGGCAAGUACAAGCUUUGAUGAUUUAGUGGAAGAAGUUUCCAAGUCAAAUCCAAAGACACACACCCAAAGCUCUGCUACAACUAAACACCUGUCAUCAACAACAUCAUCUUCCUCCUCGUCAUCAUCAACAUGUACUGAUUAUUUUUUGGAGACUGACGAAGCAUAUCCAAAUUUAGCCAGUGACGGAAGUAUCAGUAAACAAGAUGACGAUGAGAAUGAUGAGUACUUACAAAAUACUAAAAGGGAUGACACUGUUAAGGACGGAAGAAAAAUCAGUCAAAUGUGUGGUACCAAAGAUAGUGAUAGUGAUUAUGAAACAUGUAUGAAAACAUUGAGUGCACACACAGUUUGGGUGAACACAAAGAACAAUAAGGUUUAUGGUAAAACAGAAUUUGGAACCUUCAACGAUAUCAAAAAGGAUGACUUUCACGAAUAUACACCUGACAUAUAUUAUAAAGAUACUAAUGGGGAAAGACUUCCAGUUUAUAUUGUGAACCAACAGGGACGUUCUCCUGGUGUUGCAUGUAACGCACUUAAAUUUAUUGCCAAUAAUUUCCAGAGCACAAAGUAUUUCAAUGGAACAACUAGUAUCGAAGGUUCUGAGAAGACUGAGAUUAGGCUAAACAUUCUUACAAUGUCCAAAGGAACGUAUUUGAAAAGAAACAAAGUAAUUGCAAAAUAUAGUUGUGGGAAUACUGACAAUGAUAAAAUGGCUGAAAAGUACAACACAGUGGGCAUGCGCUGGGAAAAAGACGAAUUUCCACCUUCUUCAAUGAAUCAAAUUGUCACAGACGCUAAAAACAUUAGUGUUACAUGUGUUCCCUUUUAUGAUAAUCAAUUAGAUGGUUGUCAACUCAAAAGAUUUUACGAUGGCACCAAGUCUUCCGAAAAAUCUAAAAAUAAGAAACAAUGUGUCAGAAACCACCCAAGAGAGAUCAAAGAAGGGGUUUUUGUUAAUGAAAAAAACAAUAGAGUGUUUCCUGGAAUGAUAAUAGAAGGUAAUUGCGUUGGAACUGAUUACAGUGAGUACAUUCCUAAUGGUGAGAAGAAAAGAGAAACAGUAGCUAUUAAAGAAGGAACCCGUGUGGCCGUAUUGGUGAAUGUAAUGGAUCACGAAAAUAAGCCGAUUGAUUGCACUAAAUAUGAAGAAGGGUCUAAAUACAAUUCUGAUUAA